AUGUCAAGUGGAAAGAACUUGCUAACGCCGUACAUCAAAUCACUUCUUUUAGACCCACCCAACUUAACUCCGCAUGACUUACUGACAGUGUUGGCGGUGAUCUUCCGAGGUCUUGCAUCCGAUAUUCAAGUGAGUGCAUUCUUAACCGCAUUAAGACUCAAAGGAUUAGACCAACGUCCGGAGUACAUUGCGGCGGCUGUUACCACCAUCUUAGAGUUCUCCGACACCAUAGCCGCAGCCGAUGUACAUCCUGAUGGAUACAUUGACAUAGUAGGAACUGGAGGAGACGGACAAAACACCUUCAACGUUCUGACAUCUUCUGCCAUUGUGGCUGCCGGUAUGGGAUUACCUGUUUGUAAGCACGGGGGAAAAGCUCUGACGUCGACUUCGGGCUCUGGAGACUUGUUGAAGUGUUUGGGAGUUGAUUUGAUGAAGGUGAAUCUGACUACUGCGCCUAAGAUCGUUGAAAAGUCCAACUUUUGUUACUUAUUUGCUCCUGCUUUCCAUCCAGGUAUGGGGGCAGUCUCGUACGUGCGUGGUCAAUUGGGGGUGCCCACAAUCUUCAACAUUUUGGGUCCAUUGAUCAACCCUAUGCCCAUUAGAGCGCAGAUCUUGGGGGUCUACAGCGAAGCGUUAGGCGAACUGUAUGCCCAGGCUGUGUUGCAGUUGCAAAAACUGGGAAGACCGUUCAGAAAUACCAUGGUGGUUUGGGGUGAAGUUGGCUUAGAUGAGAUUUCCCCAUGCGGUCCUACCAAAUGCUGGAUUGUCCAAAACGGCACCAUUACCCGAACCACGAUUUCUCCUAAGGACUUCGGCUUACCGUUGCAUGAUUUAAGUCAAGUUAAGUCAGGGACUCCUGAGGAGAAUGCUGAAAAAUUGUUGCACAUUUUACGUCAAGACUUGCCUUUGUAUGACAUCAAGUUUAACAAUCCGCUUGUCGAUUACAUUUUGUUGAACUCUGCUGCGUUGGCGUAUGUCGCCGGCGUCGCUAACAAUUUCGCUCACGGUGUAGAAUUAGCCAGAGAAGCUAUUACCAGUGGAGCUGCCUUGGAACAAGUAGAAGCUUUUAAAUCUGCCAUUAAUGGACUUUAA